AUGUCCUCAAGCAAGGACGACCACUGCAACUCCAAGCAGACGAUGAGCAAUGAGCUCUCUGGUACUGACGCGGCUACAACUCCAGGCCCACCAUCCUCCAAGGCAGGAUCGGCAAGGAGAAAUAAAAGCAAGACGAGCAGUACGGGAUCUGCUAUUCCGCCCGAAGUGCUGGAAAAGAUUGUCCAAUGUCAUGUCAGCCACUACAGCAACAAGAGAGGGGACAGCAUGGAAGAGCAGCAACAUGACUUGGUUUCUUCCCAACAUGACGAGAAGCAUCACUAUCGAGCACGGCCCUCCGUCGAACGCAAUGCGGCCGAGCACAUUAUGCUGCCCGGGGCCGUCCGCGUGAUGGGCUUGGAAGGCCACGAAAGCGAGGAAUUGAGAGAGGCACCCUUGAACGAAUCGCCCCAAGAGGAAAACACAGCCUCUGCUGCAAGUUCUCAAAUUACGCUGGGCAGCAGCAGCAGCAGCAGUGACAGUGACGAAGCAGAAGUAGACAACACCCACCAUGAUCCCGAAGAAGGCAACACCCACAACGACCCCGAACCGGCCUGGGUCGCCGAAGCCAAUCGGCUCUUGGCGUUGCACGGAGACAACUACGAGGACGACGAUGUGUCUCACAUGUCCAUCAACUCCCAUGGAACCGAAAUCACGGCGGUGCGAGUGGACGAAUCGAAAGUCGAAGAAGAAAUUCGCAACAGAAUCAUUGACGAGGCCGUCGAGGCUGUCGUUGUGGUCGAAGACAAGGACCACAAUAACACAACCCGGUGGGCUCUCGUUGGUCUCUGCGGCGUGCUCAUUGUGGCGGUGGUGGUGGCCGUUGCUGUUGUUUUGGCCAGCAAUCAAACGAAUGACGCCGUGACUGCGGUGUCCGAAGAAGAGGUCAAGGACACUCGCCCAACCAUGGAACAGGUCCGAGAACGAGGCUAUGUCCGUUGCAACACGUGGGGGACCUGGGCACUGAGUUUCCCCAAUCCAGAGACGGGAAAGCAUGAAGGUCUCAAUGUGGAUUAUUGCCGCGCGAUUGCGGUUGCCGUGUUUGGAGAUCCCGAUCGGUAUGAAAUUGUCUCGGAUCAAGUGGAGGACAGCUUUGUCAUGCUGGCCAAUGGCCAAGUCGAUGUCGUUACGUCGGCCUUUACGCACAACAUGGCACGAGAUGUGUUUGAGGCAACGUCGCAGACCCCACUGACCUUUUCGACGCCCUACUUUUACUCCGGUGUCGCGUUUGCGGGCAUUCCCACCUUUGUGGAUUGUGCCGACAAUCUCGAUAGUCUCUUUGGCGUCUGUCGGGAUUUGACCAUUUGUGUCUUGAUUGGAACGACACAUAUCGGGCAUCUCGAAGAACUCUUGCCGGGAGCCGAUGUCGUUCUCGUGGAAUCGUUGGAUGAUGAAGUGGCCAGUUUGAAGGAGGGAAUUUGCAAUGUGAUUGCCAGCGAGCCAGUCUUUCUCCCAGAAGUAGCCUUUCGAGAGUUGGGAUACGAUGGACCCUUCCAAAUAGGACAACAUGUCUUUUCACGAGAACCACUCGCCGUGCAAACUCGAAGCGAUGAUCACGAAUGGUCCAACUUUGUCAACCUGAUUGUUCAAGUCUUUUUCCUUGCCGAGGCACACAACAUUACCAAGUCCAAUGCCGACCAGCUCAAGCCAUUGUUUGGAGACGACAAGGACGUGGCUGAUAAGAUGGUGGCCGUCGUGCAAGAGUUUGGCAACUAUGCCGAUCUUUACAAAGCGCAUGUUGAACAAGUGCUGCCCCGAGCUGGACUGAACCAACUAUACAAUCCACAAACCGAUCAUUCGGGGUUGAUGUACUCGCACCCUUUUGGGAAGAGUGCCCUGCAAGAAGAAGGCCCUGGCAUUCAACCGGAUGGCAGCAUUGACAAGAUUCUGACACGUGGACACUUGCUAUGUGGCGUAGAAUCCCGACCCGGUUUUGCCUUUGUGGGAGAGGACGGUCAGUGGCGAGGUUUUGAUGUCGAAUUUUGCCGAGCCAUUGCAGCCGCUCUUUUUGAACACGUUACCAAACAUGAUGUCGUGUUUGUAGAGCCAGGUGCAGAACAAACCAUGUACUCGCUCCUUGCAGAAGAGCAAGUGGAUGUCUUUGCAGGAGCACCGGUGACGCUUCAAGCCGACUACAUGGAGCCGACAACGGGACGACGAUUUGCGUUCUCUCCGCCGUACUACUAUGACAAUGAGAAUGACGCCAAGGCGUUUGCCAUGAUGACCCUGGAGCAUUUGGACGGUCAAUUGAGUGACUUUGUGUACUGGAUCGUCAUGGCUUUGAUCUACGCCGAGGAACAUGGCAUUGAACCCAGAACAUCAUUUGAAAUGCCCGUGGCAAGGUUGUUUGGCGAUGGCCUGAAGCAAAUGCUGCGGGAUUGCGUCUUGGCCGUUGGCUCGUACGCACACAUUUACAAUCGGACCUUGGAAAGCACCAUCCCUCGAUCCGGUGCCAACCAAUUGAAUCAUGACAGUGCACCCGGUCCACAGCAGUACGCAAUUCCUUACAGAUGA